AUGCUCUCCAGUCUCUUGUCUUUCAUUACCUCAGCGCUGCUAGUACGCGAUGCUAUUGCAUGGCCGAGCGCACCUCCGGCUCCAUUUGUCCAGAACGUAACAGUGUUCGUGCCACCAGCCAAUUGGCCUGACAAGGGUGGCAGCUAUGCCCGUUCCGUCAUCCUCAACCAAAAUUGCGAGAAAGGGGAACCUACCAUCCUGGCCACCGCUGCGUACAACGCUCCUGAUGGGCAGUACUUCAUGAUCCAUAAGAGCACCGAUUACGGAGUCAGUUGGUCGGAACUUUCGAAGGCAUACUUCAGUGGCAACGCUAGCUUGACUGGCGGUAUCAUUCUCCAACCAUUCCUGUAUGAGCUCGCUCAGCCUUUUGGAAAGUACCAGCCUGGAACUAUCCUUCUGUCUGGUAAUCGCAUUCCUGGCGACUUUUCGAGUACCAAUAUCCAGUUGUAUGCUAGUGAAGACAAAGGUGUGUCCUGGGAGUAUGUCUCGACGGUCGCGUACGGAGGGCCCCCAGAUACAGACAAUGGAGCACCAUGUGUGUGGGAGCCCUUCAUUCUCGCCUACGACAACCAGGUGAACGUGUACUACUCUGACCAGCGCGACCCAGCAUAUGGUCAGAAGCUCGCCCAUCAGUCUAGUGGUGAUCUAAGGUCGUGGGGUGAUGUUGUCAACGAUGUCGCUUAUGCGAAUUACACUCAGCGACCUGGUAUGAUUACCGUAGCACAAAUUGGCAACGGAAAGUGGAUGUGCUCCUACGAGGUUGGUCUUUGGACAGAUCCCGUCACUGGCAGCAACGACAGCGCGCCCUACGCUACGCAUUAUAAGAUCGCAGAUUCACCUCUUGAGUUUGGAUCAGUCAGUGACAACAUCCUGAAGACUCCCGAAGGUAUCUCUAGUGCAGGUCCAUAUACCGUGUGGACACCAGCUGGCGGGCCUUCCGGUACAAUCGUUGUGAGCGACUCUUCCUACGAUCAGUUCUUCCUCAACACACAAAAUGGCGAUCCAAAUUCGUGGAAGAACGUUUCCAGUCAGGGCCACGGAGUUGGCUACACUCGAUCGCUUUCGGUGCUUCCAGGAAAUGGCGGAAAGACUGUACAAGUCCUCAAUGGUGGUAUGUACGGCUCAAACAUGACCAUAUUCAGCGCUGGCGAUUUUAUCGUGCCAGGACCGCUUGGUCAUGGUCCGGGUGCUCAAGGCUUCCCAGCAUGCCAGCAUAAUAGUGGCGGCUAUGGUCACGGUUGGGGUUGGGGCAGUCCUUGGUGGUAG